AUGCCUGCAUUUGCCAAAGAAUCGGACAUCGCUUGCAGUGCAUGGGGUGCCGACAGUGAUAGGCUUCUCCUGUACGGCCAAAGCGAUAAUGGCGAAAUUCUUGAAUACAAAUAUGAUGAUGGAAGAUUCAAGUUUCUGGGAGUUGUUACAAAAGCAAGAGCUGCCUCUCCAAUUGCCGUCGCAAGUAACAAUAAGAACUGGAUCCGGGUUUACUUUCUGGAUGAAGGGAGACAUGUCGUUGAGGCGGCCAACAAGGGAAGUGGCUGGGAAUUGUCAACAUGGGGAGUGACAUUGCAUGCUGCAUCGCGGCUUGCUGCCCGUAAUGACGACCAUGGUAUUCGUGUUUUUGGGCAAGCAGAGAACGGGAAUUUUAUCGAGAUCACGCGCAAGGGAUCUACAACGUCAUGGAAGGUCAUCUCCAAAAGAUCAGUUCCCGGAACUUCUAUUGCCGUCCCUCAGAAUGGUAUUGAUAGGCUCUUCUUCCUUGAGGUGCCGGAAAAGCACGAGCACGAUGACCUUUUUCCAGACAUGAAAAACGACUUGCUGGUUAAGGGGUCUAGCAUUGUGACCAACUGGUUGACCAAUCAGUUACACAAAGUACCAGAUGUUGAACUCGCCCAAUAUAGGUUAGAUGGCGAAGGGACUUCCUGGGUUAAGAUAGAUUCUUGGCUAUCCGCAGUGCCAAAUAUGCAGCUCGCUAUUACGGACAUUGGAAGUCAGAUGGAAAUCAUGCGGACACGCAAUGGAAAGGUGCAUGAGAGCUGGUAUAAAGGGGGUUGGCAUCACAAUGGCUUCGAAAGCAAGAUUUCUGAUGGUCCCAUUGCUAUCGUGACCUGGCGGGACCAUAGAUUUGCUGUCUUUUGGCAUGAUGUCGAUGAUCCAACAAAGAUCAAUUGGGCUGAAGCCAGGACUGAUGGAUGGCGUGCUAGGGAAGCGUUCAACUGA